AUGACGCUCGUGUUCGCUGCUGUGUUGCUACUGGCAUGCUCGACACAUGCGUCCGGCAGCGGCAGGAGGCUGUCGGAUGGCGACGGGGUUGUGGCCUCCGACAAGCAGCUGCCGCCCGUGCGCCAGUCGGUGAAGACGCUGGGCCCAGCUCUGGGUGCGUACAGCUUCAUGGCAGCUCUGAUGGACGGUAACGAGACGUGGUGCGGAGGCACAUUGAUCAGAUCCAAAGCGGUUUUGACCGCUGCGCAUUGCUUAGAUAACGAGGAUGGGACUUAUUGGCGACCUAGCAGCGUUCGAAUUGGCUGGGCCGACCUUCGCUACCGCCAGACUGGCGACGAGCAGAUCUCGGUGAAGCGCAUCAUUGUUCACCCUUCAUACAAGCGAGCCCCAGAGGUCACAGAAUAUGGCUCCGAUUUUGCCAUCCUGGUGCUGGAGCGCCGCUCCAAGAAGCGGCCCAUCACGCUGUCCCGCCCGGGCUCCAAGCUCAAGGCGGGCGCAUGGGUCUGGGCCGCCGGCUACAGCAACAUGGGCAAGAAAUACGGCACGACCGCCAACUGGUUUUGGACGCAAGUCAACUCGCCCAAGACGUGUGUGAGGAAGUACAGAGAGAUUGCUGGCGGCAAGCUUCGGGAGUCGACCAGGACAAUCUGCACCGGAGGCCAGAAUGGGCGGCACGAGGGAGUGUGCAGCGGGGACUCAGGCGGCCCGCUCAUUUACGGCGACGACCCUGGGCCCUACAUCCAAGUGGGUGUCUUGUCCUGGGGCCUGGGCCCCAGCCCCUGCGCGCCCGGUGCCGUGGGAGUCAAUUGGUGGGCCAGUCUGCUCUACCCGCCCCACCGCAAGUGGCUGGCAAGGAAGCUGAAGAAGCUGGGGUAG